AUGGCUGAGAAACAGCGUACCACGGUUGAUAAAAGACGUUCGAGUCUACCGGUCGUCACAGAAACGCAAGACGACACCACUGUCCAUGUUGUCCGUCGUGGUGAAGAAAUCGAAGAUGAUACGUCGCUGGAGAGCGAGAUUGUCGGAUACGAUGCUGAGCGGAUGAAGGCUCGGAGCCUGUUGAGCGAGGCUGAGGAGAAGAAGCUCAUGCGGAGGGUCGACUGGCAUCUUAUGCCAUUCUGUAGUAUCAUGUUCUUGCUCAAAAAUAUGGACUACCAAAACGCGGCCAAUGCCAGAAUCAUGAACAAGGCAACCCCCCAGAACAUUCUUACACAGCUUCACGUGAGCUCGAACGACUACAACUGGAUUUCGACGAUCUAUUACGUCCCAUAUAUCGUAUUUGAGGCUCCCUCCAAUCUGUUCAUAAAGAAGAUACUCCCUUCGAGAUGGCAAUCUCGCAUAGUGGUCUCGUGGGGCAUUGCCAUCGCAUGCCAUGCCGCUGUCACCAGCAAGAGUGGUCUUUACACUGCACGCUUCUUCCUAGGCAUGUGCGAAGCAGGUAUGUUCCCUGGCGUGCUGCUGCAGAUGGUGUACUGGUAUCGGCCGGACGAGAUGAGCAUUCGGCUGCUCUAUUUCUAUGCCCUUGGCAACUUCUCGCAAGUCAUCAGCGGUGUCUUGGCAUAUGCUUUCGAUACGAUAUCUGGACGGAGCGGUCUUUCUGGAUGGCAGUGGUUGUUUCUUGUUGAAGGAGUCAUCACGAUCGCUUUCGGGAUUGCACUCUUCUUCAUCCUGCCGGACUUCCCAAAACAAGCGAAAUGGCUCACCGAGAAAGAAAAAGCAUUCAUCCAAGCACGCUUGCCGGGCAAUGCCCCUCGAGCUGAAGAACUCAACUUCAACUUCCGCGAAAUCCUUACCGCACUGAAAGACAAAAGAACGUGGCUGUUCACGCUUGUUUGGGCGACAAUGACAGUCGGGACCACGGGUCUGACGUUCUACCAGCCUACGGUCAUUGCAAAUCUGGGUUUCACCUCAAUCGCUAAGAGCCAGCUUCUCAACAUCCCGACGUCAUGCCUCUCGAUCCUCAUCAUCGCCACGUCCGGAUACUUUGCAGAUAGUGCAUGGCUGCCUCGACCCAUUCUUCCGCUCGGUUUCCUCGUUGCCAUCCUAGCAUGUUACAGUGUUCUGUAUACCUUUCCCAGCAAUGGCGGAGUCUACGCCGCGACUGUCAUUGCGAAUUCCUUCGCGCAGUCUUGGUAUCCCAUGAUGUGGCCGUGGCGCGUGCAAACGACAUCGAGGGCAACCGGCUCAGCAUUCGCGAUUGGAUUCGUGAACAGCUACGGACAGAUUGGUGGCGCCGUGGGACCGCAGAUCUUCCAGUCGAAGUACGCGCCUCAUUACACCACUUCAUUUGCAGUUGCCAUGGCUGUUCUUGGUGCUUGCAUCUUGGUCACUUGUGUGACAUGGUGGGUGACGCGGGAGACCGAGCGGCAGACGAGAAGGAUUAAGAAGCUGAGAAUGAAAGCUGCCAAGAGUGGAGCCGCAGUACUUGACGAUGUCAACUUCAAUGCAGACAUGAAGCACAGAGAGGACACUCGCAACGCGGCUUAG